AUGACAAUUUCAACCCCUUGCCGCCACCUUACUCGCGAUGAACGACUACAGAUUCUCACUCUCUACAACGCAGGCCAUGGAAACAGGCAAAUCUCACGACAGCUAGGCAUCUCAGAGGCCACAAUUCGCCGUACAAUUCGAAGCUUCAAUGCUGCUUCCGGUCCUGUUCCUCUCACGCCAACAAAGUCAAAAGGCCGCCGCCCAUUUAUCGAUACACCAACCCGCCGUCGCCUUAUUCUCCAUGCCACGCUCAACGCCGAACAGCGGAGGAAGUAA